AAUCAAAAACAACACGUUAUUUAAAUCCUCCCUUUUAUCAUAAUCAUCAUUUCAUUUUUUUCUUCUCUAAUUUCAUUUCUUUACAGCUGCCCAUUUUUUCUUUUCAAAAAAAUUCACCAAACUUCCCAAAUUUCCAUCAUUUCUGUUCUUUCUACGCGUUUUACAACUUAACAAAAACAACCCAAAAAACCCUCUUCUUCUUCUUUACUCUAGCUUUGUUUGUUUGUUUUCUGCUAAAAUGGCGAAUAACCCAGAAAACCCAAAUCAAGAUUUUCUUGAACAGCUUUUAGAGAUGCAAAAUUUUGCGGCGGCGGUUGGUGGUGAACCGAAUUUGGCGGGAAAUGAUAUGGGUUUGGGUCAUGGUGCUCCGAUGAUGCUUCAAUUGAACUCGGGUCCAAGUGGGUUUCAUGGGCCGCCUGUGUUUCCAUUGGGGUUAAGUUUGGACCGAGCUGGAAAACCCACUUCUGGGUUUAUUAAACAUGAUGAAGGUUCUAGUAGUAUUAAUAAGCGUUUUCGUGAUGAUCCUCAACAUCAUCUUGUUGAUGCUUCUGCUAAUUCAGCUCCUAAAAAUGUUUUCCAUGGUCAUCCAAUGUCGAAUCCGGUUCCGGUUGCGCCGCAACAACCUGCUGUUCGUCCAAGAGUUCGAGCUAGGCGAGGUCAGGCUACCGAUCCACACAGUAUUGCUGAGAGGUUGCGUAGAGAGCGAAUUGCUGAAAGAAUCAGGGCAUUGCAAGAACUUGUUCCUAGUGUUAAUAAGACGGAUAGAGCUGCAAUGCUUGAUGAAAUCGUGGAUUAUGUGAAGUUUUUGAGGUUGCAAGUCAAGGUUUUGAGCAUGAGUAGACUCGGUGGAGCUGGUGCUGUUGUGCCACUGGUUACGGACAUGCCUAUAUCAUCUGUCGAGGAAGAAGGUGGGGAAGGUGGUAGAGGUCAACCUGUGUGGGAAAAAUGGUCUAAUGAUGGAACUGAAAGACAAGUUGCGAAACUCAUGGAAGAGAAUGUUGGGGCCGCCAUGCAAUUCCUACAGUCCAAGGCACUUUGCAUCAUGCCGAUCUCACUUGCAUCCGCAAUCUACCACACACAACCGCCAGACGCUCCCUCACUCGUGAAGCCUGAGUCGAACCCACCUUCGUAAAACUCGUGUUUCGAUCAGAACGUGAUAAUCACUCCGUAAUCUUAACUUGCUAAUCCGAUAAGUGGGUCUCACUCUAUAUUGCUUGGUCGAAAUGCAAUCCUACAAAGAAGUUCAGUUCAAUUCAAUUCAGAUCAAUCGGCUCAUCUAAUCCUAUAGGGGUGGUUGAGUUCAAGUAAAGACAAAAUUAAGAGGGAAUUUGUCAAAGCUUUACUUGAUACUCUCUUUGUCUCCUUUUUUUUCUUUUUAUAAAAAAAUUUCUUUACUCUGAAUUUUAAAUGAUAUGGUGGGGACUAGGGAGUAGUGGUGGAUGACUAAAGCACUUUAUGUAAUACUCCUGUUGUGUUCAGUGGAAGGUUGUCAAAUUUUUUUCCUCUUUGUUAGUGGAUGGUGGGACCUUGAUAUGGAUGAGUACAUACGUGUUUUGUAAUUUGUAAUGUAUUUUUCUUAUAAAAAAAAAAAGAAAUGAAGAUUUUAGAAAGGAUAA